AUGCCGCAAUCCCAGCCGCCGUCGCAAGAAGGCCAGGCACCGACACAACCGCGGCAGGGAAACCUCAACUUCAUCACUUUUGGCGAACCACAGCAGUCACCAUCCACUCGUGCCAUCAGAUCUCACGCAGCCAAGGAGGGAUGGAAGUCGAGGAAGAAGUCGAAAAGUAUCGCCGCGGCCGCACAAACUCCCCUGCCUCGUGCCACCACGGAAAAUGCUCCGGCGGCUCUGCUUGCACCACCGCGGCGUAGGAAUAUACCUGCUGUGCCAUCAUGGCCGACCGACGGUAACAUAACCAGAGCUGUGCCGUCUCUACCUCAGUCGACUUCUUUCUCUUCUCACUCAACCAACUCAUCACGUUCGACGCCAUCAACCAGUUAUUCUCCAGACGCUUUAAUGGAUGACCCUGACCUUCAAAAUCCUCGAGUCGUCGAAUAUGAUGAGGAAGAAGACAUGAAUUCUCACGCGUUGGCUGCUGCCACAAGCCUGAUGUUGUCAGAAUCUCAGUCUGCACGCAUGUUCAAGCCUCACCAACUAGGCUCAACUCACGAUCCCUUUCAACAAUUUCCAGUCCGCUGGGAGGAGUCGUUCGGACCAUUAGUACAGUUCUACCGCACUCGCAUCGGAGAGGUCUGGAUGGGCAUGAUCGCCGUCGAUUGGGGUCAGCAAGGCAAUACUGAGUUUGUCGACUUUCCUCUCCAAGUCUCGAUCGCCCAACGAGAACCUGCCAUGUUUUACGCCGUCCUGUCCAACACCAGUGUUAUGGCACCGCCUUCCAAUGCGAUAUCCAUGCGUCAGCAGCCAUUCAUGUCCCAAUGGCUACGACAUAAAGCUGUUGAGGCUCUCAGAAAAGCCAUCACUGACCCGACUCGCGCCUACACGGACUCUGUCAUCAUGACGGUGAUAUACGUUUACUUCAAUGAGGCUCUAAGAAGCGAACGAGACAUUGCUGUCAAUGUACACGCGCCUGCACUCAAGAGGAUGGUGGCUGCAAGAGGAGGUCUCAAAGUCAUCGCUUCGAACGGCAAAGAUGGACUGAUCCUCUCCCGAUAUCUUACCUGGUGUGAUCGCAUCAUUUCCAACACACUGGGCACGCCACUGCUCUUUGGAGACUACGUUGAGGACCUGACCGUUGGUAGAACCCAGUGGAACGGCAUGUGGUCCAAGGUUCAGACCAUAAUGUGA